AAUUUUGACGAAAUUUACCAAACUCAGAUUGCUUCCCAUGCAAACUUUCUUCAUCUUCCAUGGAGUUUUUAAUUUUGUUUUUCCAUUUUAUUUCGUUAUCAUUUGCCACCAAAAUAAUCACUGUGUAUAAUGUAUUGAAUAGUAUACCAAAAUUUUCUCUCUUAUUUUAUUCGCAUUUACUCAUCCAAUCAUUAUAAAAAAAACAUUAAAUUCAUCCAUAGCGCUUAAAAGAUGAAAUCAAGACAAAUGAUCCACAACUUUGUCACAUUUUCCGGUAAUUCUUGUUUUUACAUGUAAAACCAUCUACAUAUACACGGUGAUAUUGCGUUGGAGAGAACUAGACAUGGGAUCCCAGCUAGACAUAUAUAGUAUAUAUUAUGUUUUUUUUUUAGUAUAUAUUAUGUUAUCCAUAGUAAACAUAUACAUUUUUCACGCAAGGUAGCUUUGCAAAACUAGCUUUUCUAAACAAAAAAAGUUUUAUUAAUUAAUUUGAUUGCUUGUAUAAUACAAGCAUAUUCAUUUCAUUUCCAGGAGGAUUACUUAUAAAUAAUUUAUCUUCAAAAUUUAUCUCCAUUCCAUAAUUAACCGGAAGUCAAUAAAACUAUGUGUUUUAUCAUCUAUAUAUAAUUCCUUAACAUACUAGAUACUAAGAAUAUCAUUUUAAAAAGAAAAAUCAUAGUUUGGAAUAGAAUGAAAAAUAAUGGUGUGAUCAAGUAAAUAUUUGAAUAUAGCGGUGCGUUGUUGGACAGACUUUUAUGGGCGCGUCUCGUUGAGAAUGUACAUGUAUAUAACUAUAUAUAAUAUGCAUGUGAUAAAUUUACAACAUCAACACCCGUUUGAACAUGGCUUUUUGCGACGACAUCAACUUGUAAGCCAAAUAAUUGACAAAUGCAUCAAAGAAACUACAAUAAUUAACGUGCCUAUGGAAAAAAACACCAACUCUAUAUACGUAAUGCUCCAAACCUACCUACGUAAAGAUACGCAUAUCGACGUUUAUAUAAACUGAGGUUUCAAAAUGAUUAAUUAUAAACUAAGUUGGUGAAGUCACAUAUCGACGGUUUUAAAAAUUUCACGCAGAAUUAAUUCAGUAAUUUGUAAAUACUUAUUAUACAUGUCUGAUGCGGCCAGUAAGUAUCAUGUAUUUAUAGCAAUAGUUUUCCGUUUAUAAUCCAUUAAUUAUAUAAAAUUUGUUUUAUCGAAGUUAUAUUUAAGUAUGUCCAUUUUUUUGAAUUGAAACCGAUCCAAAAAUAUCUGACUCAAAAAACUACAAGUAUCGAUUUGAGUCCAAAAUUCCUCUAUCCAAAAGAACCAAAACAAAUAAAUGAUCCUAAUAGACUUGGAUUCGAAAAAUCCGAUCUAAAUAGACCUGACCCGAUAAAAAUCAAUCUAUACCGAACUAAAAAAUAUAUAUUUGAUACUAUGAAUUCAUGUGUUUUCUUUUCUAUAUUUUAAUAUUUAAUUUUGUUUUAAUAAUUUUUGUUAAUUAUAUUGAUAAAACCUUUACAAUUGUAGCUGCUAUCUUAGUAAGAGUUUGAUCAAUCAUGAAUAAUGGGGUUAUGAGGUAAUUUUUUUUUGUUUUAUUCUUCUUAUAACAUUCUCAAGUAAUAUCAUAUUUAAAUUUCUAGUUUCAAUUAUUAAUAGUUUAAUUUUGAUUAUUUUCAAAAUUUUAGAUAAAUAAGAUGGAUUGCAGCUAAGUUUUGACGGGUUUUGGAUAAGAAAACUGAAUCGAACCAAUUUAUAUCCAAUUUUUUUGGGUAUUUAUAGCUACAAAAUAUUUGGAACCAAGCCAACGAGUCAGAAAUCUCUCAAAACCAAACCAAAUAUAUAUAAAUAUUUAGAUGAGUCUAGAUCUAUAAGACCCGAGAGACUCAGACCCGAUGGAAACUAACCUGAACCCGAACUGAAUAUAUGAACGCCUAACCUAGUUAUAGUCAUUAACAUUAUCUUGAUAUAUGGUAUCAAAAUUAUUUCUAAAAGUUGAUUCAAAAUAUAAUAAAAAUAAAAUUGAGAAUUCAAAAGAAAAGGAAAACAUGUUAACAUACAUAAUUUUAGAAACAUGUUUCAUAACCUUUUUAUUCAUCUAGAAUGACUACAUUAAAAAAAUAUUUGGGUACUUUAACCUAUAUUUUUUUAAUUGACUUCUGAAUUUCUCAAUUAUGAGUUACAAUAUAUAACCUUUGGAUAAUUUAACGUGAAUGUUAAAUAAAAUCUAAUUAUACAAAUGAUAAUCAUGAGUUAUUGGUUUUAGAUUUCAAAUAUUUGUAAAUGUAUAUCAGACGGAUUCUAAUCUAUAUUAUUAUAUAAAUUUGAAAUUUGAAAUAAGUAAUAUCAAAUAUGAUCCCGAUAAGCGUCAUAUCUAUCAAUUAUAUUUUGAAACAUAUGAAAAAUACUUUAAAAUUGAAAAUAAAAUUAUUUUUAGUUUUUGUAGUUUUUAUAUUAAUUAAUUAGAAUUUAAGAACUUUAUAGCUCACCCGAUGAACACAUGAUACACACACAAAAAUCGGGUGCAAUGUCAUUAUUCAGGCUAAGAACAAUGAUUAGAAGCAUGGAAUUCCGGAGUCGAAACAAAAUGAUUCUGGGUUCAGAAAAUUGCAAAAGGGCCUCUUAACUAAUCUUAACAAAGUCUAGUUCCAACCCACUGUUAAUAAUCGCAUUAACAGUACUUAACUCCAUUAACUUUGUUUUUAGUUAAGUUUCUACUUUCCACCCGAUAAGUAAGUACACGUACUAAACUUUACAGUGUCUGUGAUAACUGAUAACUACGUGACUUUUGACGUCAUCGUUACUUUGCAAUAACCUCACCUUUACGUAACCUUCUUUGGUUUAAAAUAACAGAAAAUAAACUUUUGAAGUGAAGCGUUUAAUCAUAGAUUUAUAGGUGAACAAAGGCACAUCUUCCAGCUGACAGGAUGGAAACUUAUUAACAUUCCAUAUUCCGACUUUUUUGUAAGAAACAUGUGUGCAGAUAAUUCGAGAGCUCAUUUACAAACAUCAAUAAACUUGAAGAGAACAAAAAAGAAAAAGACGAAUGCAUUACUAUUACGAUGACUGUGGGUGUGAGUUGUUAAUUUGUUUAAACGGAGCUUUUCUAUAUAGAUUUUUAAGGUCGAGGGUCAUCGUUAGGAUGUGAGCUUGCUUCCUACAAUCUAGUUGCUUAUGGACCCUACUGUUUUUUUUCUCCUUCUGAUAAUUACAUCACCUUUUUUUUUCUUUUCCAUAUUAUUAUUUAUUUAUUAUAUUCCUGAUAUUUACUCAUCGCCAUAGAUAUAAAUAGAUGGAGAUAACAAUUUCAAAAUCUUUACAUAUCAUGAUUUUUAGUUACUUAUUUCGAUUGAUGUUUUAAUAUUUUUUUAGUCAUAGAAAAGAAGUAAAUGGAUGAAGAUAGCAUUCAUAUAAUUGUACAUUUGAUUAUAUUAAGUUAUUGAAAAAGACAAGUAAAAUCAAAAUCAGAUCCGAGUUUUAAUUUGUAAACUAAUUAAUUAAUGAAAAAGACAAGUAAAAAUAGCAAAAACUAUAACAAAAGUUGAUACAAUAAUUGAGAAAAAACAAAAGAAUAAUAACCAUUAAUUAUUGAAAAGUGAAAUGUGGAGCGAAAAUAUCAUCGAAAGGCUUAUAUUUAUGUUAGAUUAAUAAAUAAAUAAACGGAGAACUAUAAAAAGUCGAAUUUCAUAAUCGAGAAAAACAAAAAAAGUUGUACAAAGAGACACAUGCGUUUACCUCAUGCAUCUUGUUCUUAGACAACAAUAUAUAUAUUGGCUCAUUCUCCGCUAGCUUUCUCAUUCUCCAACUUUCGUAUUGGUAGUUAAAUAAACACUAUAUGCUCUGUUCUUUUAUAUAUCUUGAUUCUUGAUUUAGUUAGCCUUGAAAUCUGUUGAUCAUGAUGUCCGAAUCUAUGAGCAUAUCAGUGAACGGACAAUCUCAAGUGCCUCCUGGGUUUAGGUUUCACCCGACCGAGGAAGAGCUGCUGCAGUAUUAUCUCCGGAAGAAAGUCAAUAGCAUCAAGAUCGAUCUCGACGUUAUUCGCGACGUUGAUCUUAACAAGCUCGAGCCUUGGGAUAUUCAAGAGAUGUGUAAAAUAGGAACAACGCCUCAAAACGACUGGUAUUUCUUUAACCACAAGGACAAAAAAUAUCCGACAGGAACCAGAACUAACCGAGCUACGGCAGCCGGAUUUUGGAAAGCAACGGGUCGUGACAAGAUCAUAUAUAGUAAUGGCCGUAGGAUCGGGAUGAGAAAGACUCUUGUUUUUUACAAAGGUCGAGCUCCUCACGGCCAAAAAUCUGAUUGGAUCAUGCAUGAGUAUAGACUCGACGACAACAUUAUUUCCACUGAGGAUGUCACGGUUCGUGAGGUGGUGACUAUUAUUGGGGAGGCAUCGCAGGACGAAGGAUGGGUGGUGUGUCGUAUUUUCAAGAAAAAAAACCUUCACAAAACCUUAAGCAGUCCCAUCGGAGGAGCUUCCCUUAGUGGCGGCGGAGACAUGGCAAGGGCGACGUCCUCAUCACAGAUGUUCAACGAUGAUACUAUUGAGCAAUUCCUAGAAAUUAUGGGGCGAUCUUGUAAAGAAGAGCUAAAUCUAGACCCUUUCAUGAAACUUCCAAACCUCGAGAGCCCUAACAGUCAAACAGUCAACAACAACUGCCACGUCAACUCUCCUGAAAAUCAUGACAUCCACGUCAGCAACGUGGUCGACACUAGCUUCGUUACCAGCUGGGCCGCUUUGGACCGGCUUGUGGCCUCGCAGCUAAACGGACCCAUAUCAUACUCAAUGGCAACCGUCGAUGAGAGCCGCGUUGAUCAGGAUCAUCUCGCUUUCCCUAGCAUAAACCGGUCCGGUUCGUACCACGCCGGUUUAAUGCAAGAAUAUACACCAGAGAUGGAGCUAUGGAACACGACGACGUCCUCUCUAUUAUCAUCAUCUGACUCAUUUCGCCACGUGUCUAACGGUAGUAGAUAAUGGAAAUGGAGGGAAAGAGAGGCACACAGAGAAAGUCAAUUUACAUGUGUAGAAAGAUAUAAUCAUACCAAAUAGUUGUUGAAACAUUAAAAAGGAAAGUCAGAUUUGUGAUAAUUACAGUGGUUAUGUGAAAUAUAUUGUAAAACAGAUUAUAUAAAACUAAAGAUUUUUAAAAGAGGACAAAAAAGAUUUCAAAAAGGAUAAAUUUUGUUAUA